UGCUAGGCGGGAAAUGUAUUCACUCGGAGUGAGAGAGGAUGAGCAGGAAAUGGUAAGGAGCUGAACUAAACUACAACUCCCGACUAUCUGCGCGGCGCAGUCACGCCUCUAAACUGUAGCAGCUGGUUAGAAGACUAGUAGUGUUGUUUUGCUGAGGCGUUGCAACUGACAGUCGCAAGCAAAGCAGAAACGCUGUGAACUCGGCAGAUGUAAACACGAGGUGUGGGCUCCCCAGGGCCUCCCUGCAUGUCAGCGUGCAUUGAACAAUGUCUGAAAACUCAAGCGACAGCGAGUCGUCAUGUGGCUGGACAAUUAUUAACCAUGAGGGAUCAGAUGUAGAGACACUGCACCCGCAGAUUGGGGAGCCAUACUAUGAUCUUGCAUCAGUGCUACAGUCACACAGUGGGGAAGUGACCAGUGUCCUUGCUCCAGAGCAAGCAGGAGAUUCUGUGCAAGAGUCACAGUAUGAAGGGCUGGUGGAACAGACAGGUACCAGUAAAGGUGCUGUACCUUCUGUAGAGAGCCAGCUGCUAGCUAAGGAGGAAACUCAACCCACUCCUGAGGCCUCCUUGAGUCAUAGUGUCGCUACAGAGCUGGAAAAUGGUCUGCCAGAUGAAGUACAACAUAGAGAAAAAGGGGACCCGUUGGCAGAUGGUCAGUGUGAGGCUGCAAGUGAUGACUCUGAUAUUGUAACCUUGGAAGUUGAAGCUGUUGGAGCACUGGAGGAAGGAACAUCCUUGGAAGAACAGGUUGAGGAUACUGGAGAUGUUAAUAUGAGUUCUUCCUUCAGUAGCCAAUAUACUUUUGGCCAUGCAGAUGCUGGCUUUCCUUCCCAGCAUAGUGUUGAUGAGUCCAGCAAUGAUGAAGCAAGUGAUGAUUCGGGUCCUUCCCUGCGGCGCAGACGUUCAAAGCGUCCAGCAGCGUCUGUAUGCGAACCGGAGCAUAGCCCUUCUAUAAGCCAGCCUGUUGCUCCUAAACCUAGAACACUUUUUCAACUGGGAAGCCUGAACAAGUGCAUUAUUCUUGCUCUGGUCAUAGCAAUAAGCAUGGGCUUUGGACAUUUCUACGGUACUGUUCAAAUUCAGGAACGGCAAAAGUUAGUGGAAAAGCUGCAUGAAGAUGAACUGAAUGAUAUGAAGGAUGACCUCUUCCAGUGCCACAAGGAUCAGGAAUCAACUAUAGAACAAAAUGAAGUAGUUGAGCAACUAACAGAAGACCUAGAAGAGAGACAAGAUAUGGUGUCAUCUCUCAAGGGCGUAAUGGAUAAAAUUACAAAAGAGAACCAACUGCUUAGGCAGAAACACACUGAGUUACAGUUAGAAGCUGAUGGUCUUUCAACCAGUCUGAAAACAACAGAGGUGGAAAAGAAAAAUCUUGUGGUGGAAAACCAGCAUCUAAGGGAAUCGCUGGAAAAGGAGGAACAAGCCUUAUCUUCACUUCAAGAGGAGUUACGAAAACUAAGAGAACAGAUCAGGAAUCUGGAAGAAAAGGGAAGAGGGGAGAUCAUGCAGUCAGAAAAUCAGAAGCUAAAAGCACACUUGAUAGAAGAGCGGCAAAAAGUGCGCAGCUUCCGUACUCAGAAGGAGACUCUCUUAACAGAAGCACAAAUUCUGAGGACAGAGCUGGACAAUGAGAAGCAAAUUACUGAAGCUUUGAAAGCACAACUUGAGGAGAUGAGUAACCGAGAAUCCCCUGAAAGAGAAAAUAGCAUGAAGGAUACUCAAGAGAUCCAGCUUUUGAGGCAACGACUUCAUGAUUUAGAACAUAAACUUAAUUUUGAGCAACAAAGAUCAGAUUUAUGGGAAAGACUUUACGUUGAAGCCAAAGAACAAAACGAGAAGCUGGAAAGUGGAACUAUUCAUGAGUCGAAAGAAAAAGAACAAUCCAAAAACAGCAAGGCAAAAGACAAGUCAAAGAAGAAAGCAAAGGAUACGUUCUUCAGUUCAGUAAAGGACACGUUCGAUGCCAUGAAAAAUUCAACAAAAGAGUUUGUAAGGCAUCACAAGGAGAAGAUAAAACAGGCCAAAGAGGCAGUCAAGGAGAAUCUGAAGAAGUUCUCCGAUUCGGUUAAAACAACUUUCCGGCACUUUAAAGACUCUACUAAAAACAUGUUUGACAAGAACCGUUACAAAAAAUACACAGAACGGAGGAGGGAAGAGGCCAAGGAAGCAAACACUGUACGACGUGAAUAUAAUCCAGAAUCCCAGGAAUUUGGUCCUAAAAGAGCAACAGCCGACCACAAUGAUUACAAGCAUGCACAGGAUGCCCCAAGUGUCGAGGAUCAGAAUACCCACAAAUCAGAUACUGCGGGCAAAGAGAGCAGCGAUCAGUACUCGACAAAGAAAGGAUGCUCUAGUGUGUUUGAAUGUGCUCACCAAGAAUCUAUUAGCCUCUUCAAUAAGGUACUUGAUCCUGUCAGAGUGGAAGAAUUUAAUCAUUUAAUGCAGAUAUACGUAGAAGGACAAGUGGCCGACUUCCGACACUGGAAGGAACUUUACCUGUUCAUUAACAGAUUUUUUCGUAAUGGAGUUUUUAUUCAUGAUCAGAUGCUUUUUACUGAUUUUGUGAAUGAUGUUGAGGAUUAUCUUGAGGACAUGAAGGAAUAUCAGACUAAAAAAAAUGGUGGAGUCUUUGAAGACCUUGAUGAGUUUGUCUACAGACACUUCUUUGGCAAUAGCUACCAUAAUACAUUUGGACCAAGGAAACCUGAAAAGAAUCCUCUACAGAAGGAUCCAGAGGAACAAAGAUACCGAAAGCAAGAACAGAAGAAUAGCCAGUAUCGUUAUAGAAGGGAUGGUAAAUGGCAAAAACAUGGGCGCAACAAUGGGAGGCACAUGGCAAACUUGGAAAUAGAACUGGGACAGCUUCCCUUUGAUCCCAAAUAUUAAACACACUGAGGAAUAAAAUAGGUCUAGAUGAGCUGGAAUUGUUCAUUGUUUCUUGCAGAUGAUGCAUUCAAUGUGUUGUUCUUGUCAUAUUCAGGUGCAGCUUUGUGGCAUUUCUUUUAAAGGGAAAAUCUGACCUAUUUAUAAUAAGGGGGUUAUGCUUUGGCUUUCUGCAGGCAUAUGUUUGUGUGUACACAACACAUUCCCUCACUGCAAAAUGUGAUAUAUACUUGGUUGGUUGGGGGUGGGGUUGCCAUAGUUCUGGGCUCUGAUUCUUUGAAAUGAUACAUGCAGUGAGACAACUAUCCAUAUUUCUGAUAGAAUUAACUGUCCAAAGAAAUGAUGCUCUUCUUGCUAAUUAAGGCUAGAUUAACCCCUACAAAUGAAUUGGAUAGCGUUUCCCUUUAAAAGAUUUGCUGAAUCGUGCAUUUUAGUUGCAGAUUUCUCCUCGCUGGGCAGUAGUGUGCAUGCAGCAUAGGCAUGACUCCAUUUCAUCACCAAUCAUCUCUGAACUGCAAGAAUAAAUCUGUAUGUAUCGAAGCAAAUGGUAACCUAGUUUAGCUAAUAGUGAGGGUGGGAAAGUAUUUGGCUUUAUUCUGUAAUGCUUUCUCAUUUGCUUUUUGUGGCUGUAAGACCCUCUCGCUUUCUGAUGAACGUGUUGUUGCAUACUCAUAGCCCUGCAGGGUUUGUGCUAAAUUUCUUGCACUUAAUGUUUGUUGAGAAAUAAUAAAGACAAACUAGUUAUAAAAAAAA